AUGCACGCUCCAACCGCACUCAAGGUCCUGGCCGGCCUGCUGGCCGUGGGUUCGACAAACGCGAGAGCGCUCACAGACAGGAGGGCCGUGGACCCCAGCAACCCCGUAGACCAGACGACACAGACAACGCAGAUAGAAGAGAGAAACGCCUUCCUAGAGGGUGUGACCUGCGGCGCCUGCAUCUACAAACUUGGUACGGGCGUCGAAAAUAAGCUCCCACUCACCUACGAGUCAGUAUUCCACAACGGAAAAGUCAGCGAGGCGGCAAAGAUCACGUUCACCAACGUGGCCGGCAGGGAGCUCUGCAAGGAGAUCUCCAUUCCCUUCACCACCGACCCCGCCACGGGCGAGAACAAGAAGAUGUGCACGGCCAACGACAAGGAUACCAAGGCCAACGCGGACGAGGCGGCCGCCAUGAGCAAGAACCCGAAGGCCAAGGGGAUCUUGGAGAGCAUCGAAAAGAAACUCGGCGAGUUAACCGGCGCGCAGGCUCUCAGGCUGCUUAAGAAGGCCGGUAUCAUCCUCUGA